UUAGGGCGAACAUAUUGUUAUACUAUCAGUUCAGGGUUGGAGUUUGAAUUUAUCUUCUGGUCUUUUUAGACUUAGUCCGGUAGGCUAGUAGCGUUAAGACCGUCCAAUAAUAACGUAAGGGAAUUUAUUAUUAUAACCAAUACAUUAAUAUAGGACAUUUUAAGUAAAUACUCCUCGCCUGAUUGCGUUUUGUUAUUGGUGACUAACUUACAAUAAUCCUACACUUUUGUGUGCCCACCUAGUUCGAGAAAUGUCGGACAGAAGCCCUGAGAGUUUUUCGGGUAGAUGGGAAGAUCAAGCUCAGAUCAACUACCCGUUACAUUAUCUUAUCUGGUUGCAGGAACAUAAGCUAUUAGAAGACAAACUCAAUAGUAUUAAUUUCAACGAUCCAGCCGGGCAAGAUAAACUUGAAAAAUUAGACCUCAGAGGACGUACUCCAUUGAUGUUAGCGAUCACACUAGGAGACAUUGACGCUACUAGAUUGUUAAUUAAUAAAGGUGCUAAUGUCAACACGAAAAAUGAUGAAGGAUGGACAGCAUUACAAGAAGCAAUCGCAACAGGGAAUCCGGAAAUUGUCCAACUCGUUAUGGAACAUCGGGAUUAUCAGAGACAUACGAGUAGAGCUACAGGAAUUUCUAAAAUAUUGAAGCUUCUCGAAGAAUCUCCAGACUUUUAUGUUGAAAUGAAGUGGGAGUUUAUUAGUUGGGUUCCACUGGUAUCAAGAAUAUGUCCGAGUGAUACGUAUAAAAUAUUUAAGCAAGGUUCAAAAGUUCGAAUCGAUACAACUUUAAUGGGAAACGACCAGAAUAACUGGGCACGAGGAAAUUUAAGUUAUAUUUUUAUGGGUCAAAGUCCAUCAGCAACAUUCCUUGAAGUGGAUCAUGAUUCACACAGGGUAUUUGUAGAAGAGAUUCAAAUGAUCCCGUUAGAUCAGGGAAUCGAAGUGAUGCGACCGUCAGAAGAUACUGUAGCUAGCCGAUUGUCCACUCCCAUUGUUAGUUUUGAUGUAGAUACGAAAAAAAUAAGUUUUGAAAGAAAUAAAAGCGGUAUUUGGGGAUGGCGUCAAGACAAAACAGAAGAGAUUAAUGGUUAUAAUUGUAAAGUUUUUAAUGCGAGUAAUGUGGAGUUUGUCACCAAGUCAAGAACAGAACAUUUGACUGAAGCUGAAAAAACUACGCUGAACUGUCCUAAAAAUCCUAUCCAGUCGAUUUUAGGUUCUAGUGAAGAAAAAUUACCAUAUAAAUCAGACCUUCAAGUCACUAUGGCUGAAUAUUUUGAUGAACUUAUUGAUAUAAGAGGGAAAUACAUUCGAAAACCAAUAGAGCAAACCACCAAAAUUACAAAAAUUAAGGCCAAUCUAUGGUUAAGUGAAGACUACCCACUUAGCUUAAAAGAACAGAUUAUGCCAAUUGUCGACCUAAUGGCCAUUACAAGUUCCCGUUUUGCAAAAUUAAAAGAUUUUAUUGAAAUGCAGCUUCCAUCAGGGUUUCCCGUUAAAAUAGAAAUACCUCUGUACCAUAUUUCAAAUGCUCAAAUUACAUUUGGCAAUGUGUAUGCAACAGACAAAAGUGUUGAAGGUGUUCAGACAUUAGAGGCGAAUGGCAAAAUGUUCUGUGUCGUUGAAGAUUCUGUAUUUAUACCACCUAGAAAUUACGUUGUUCUAGGCGCCGAACAGAGACGCCAAAACAAUAUUGAUAACGAUGAAGAAUUACUUCAGUUUGCAGUCAGACAAAGUUUAUUGGAAACUGGUGCUGAAGAAGAUCAGCAGGUAGACAUAUGGGAAGCUUUACAAGUCCAAAGGCCAAACACCCCUAAUGACUUAUAUCUAGAUCCAGCAGAUGAAGAAUUACAAAGAGCAAUCCACGCAAGUUUGACCGAAUGCACAUACGUGCCUUUGUCAGAGCAAACACUUGUGCCAGAUGUAGUGAGCAAUUCAACACCUGACAAUUUAGACAACGAUCUGGACGCCGUAUUAAGGUUGUCAAUGGAAGAAAACAGGCAAGCUGAAUUGCAGCUUCGCCAGGAAGAAGAAAUGCUAGCAAAAGUCUUGCAACUGUCUUUGACAGAUAAAUAAUCGCUUAAAUAAACCAAUAUAAUAUAAUUUUAUGUAUGUAUGUAACAUUCUUUACAUAUUUUAGCAUCCACUUUUUUUCUGUGUAAAAAACUACAGUUAAAAUGAAAUAUUUCGAAACAACCAAAUAGAAAUCACUAAAACUGGGCAAUUAUUAUUUUAAAUUAAAAUGUGACUAGUGUUGAUUAUGAUCAUUUUUGUUCUGCUAAAUGUGAAAAAUUCUUCUUAUUUCAUUGUGUGGAUAACAUGUG